AGUAAUAUAAUACGAUCCUCCAUAACAUUUGUCAUUUUGUCAUGAUAAAAAUAUAGCUAAAUUCACUAAACAGUAAAUUGUUGUUAACUUGUAUCUUGUAACAAUGUUACUAUUUUUAUUGGGCUAUUUAUACUUUGUGACGACUUGUAACUUUCGAUUCUUUUUUAUCUGACAAGAAUAUUAUUGAUAUUAUUAAGUUGUUACCGUCUGUGACUACCUACGGCAUAUUUUAAAAUGAUGACAUUUAAGACUGGCUUUGUAUUUCUCACAUUCGUAUCUGUAAUUCACUCACAACCGAACAGUUUAGUAUAUCCAGUCAAUGCAGAAGAUACAAAAAAUUGUUGUUCUUUGUUUGAAAGAAAAUACUCAUUACCUCCAAUUUAUUGCUAUGCAGGGAAUGAUAAAAGUGUACUUAAUGUUUUUCAAACAAUUACAGUGGAUUUAAUAAUUGAAAAAACGGAUGACUUCAUUGUGUAUCAAGCAGCAGAUCAGUAUUUAGUCGAAGAACAAAUGCUGUCUGAUGAGGCUAUAUUAUCUUUGAACAAAAUAAUAUCCUAUGUUUGGAAACGGAAAGAUUUCAAAUUGGAUCCAUUUCAACCAUCUUGUUUUAGUAUCAAAACAAAUGCAGACUUUAAAAUAAUAAUUCACUCUAUUGCUUUAGAUAUUAAGAGACUAGCAAUGUUUAUAGUAGGUAUUUGUCUAUUUGGGUAUUCAGCUCGAUUAAGCCAUAAUUCAUUGUUUUACUACUUAUGUGGAAUUACAGUUGGUGUAACUGCGUCAUUUGUGAUUAUAAUAUUACUUAUCGGUCGUUUAAUUCCUAAGAAAAGAAUGAUGGUUGGAUAUUUAGGAGCAAGUUGUAUGUUAAGUCUCUAUGCUAUUCAGAUGUUGAUGGAGAAUCUCAAUAUGAUAUUGCUGUUAUAUUAUAAGUAUAUAAUGGGGUAUAUUGUUUUCUCUAUUUUCGCCAGUUUUGUGGUUUGCUAUAGAUAUGGACCAGUAACAAAUCCAAGAUCCAUUGACCUCAUAAGAUGGACAUUACAGUUAAUUGGUUUGGCUUUGGUUACAUCAUGUAGUUUUCAUUUAGAAGCUAUGGUUUUAGUAGAUAUUUUAUGUAUUAUACUCUACUACACAAAGUUUUCACUGCCUUUUAGAUUAUUACCUAAAAGUAAACCAAAACCACGGUUGUUAUCUGAAGAUGAGUAUAUACAACAAUCUUUGAUCGAAACACCAAAAGCCCUCGAAGAACUGCGAAAAUACUGUAAAAGUCCAAAUUGCGAUACAUGGAAAGUUGUGGGCAGAUUACACGAUCCUAAAAAAUUUGCUGAGUUCAUGGAAACAUCUGUUCAUAUUAGUACAGAAUCAGUUAACGAACAUGAAAAAGAAUUAGAAGAUUAUGAUACAGAAUACAAUGAAGAAUCAGAAGAUAAUAGUUUGUCUGACGAUGUACAAAAGAUAGACUACACGAGUGACAGCGAAUAAAAUUUGAUAACUUACCUAAUGUCUUUUUAAUUAUAAAAUUUUAACUUCAAUACUUUUUUUUUUUAUAUAUAAAAAUGUAAAUAACCUGUGUUGUUAUUCUAGUGUUGUUAAUAUUAUUAUUUUUUUUUUUUUUAUUGGCCUUAAUAAAUUAAAAUAGUAAGCAACUGAAUAGUAUAUAAUAUUUAUUUUUAAGCUACAUGUUGUUAUGCACAUAAUAAACUAAAUAAAAUAUUAAACUUUAAA